AUGUUCAAAUCAAUGCCAGGGAUCUUAAAUAGAAGUUUAACUGUGGUUUCAUUGGUUUCAGGCAGAAACUUAAGCUGCACAGCUGUAAAUAAUGGUGCGAAAGCUGUGAAAUACUUAAAGUCGCAGAGAGUUAGACAACUUAAUGAAGUAAAACAAUUGAGAAUCAAUAAUUCUCUAGAUAGUGUCGAUCCAGUACUAGGUAAAAAAGAUACUCCAUUUUUGCUUCGUGUCAUGGCCGAACUGAAGGAAUCCAACCUGCUUGUGAAAGGUUACGAAUACGAAGAAGUUGAAAAAGUUAUAGCCGCCAUUGAGUUUGCAAAGCGGGAAAACACUAAGGUGGAUUCUAAUAGUACCGAGUUGACGUUUACCGCUGAAGACCUUCAGGCAGCAAGAGAUAGGCGCGAAGCUGUUAUGAGAAUUUUAACCAUCCAAAAUGCGGGCAACAAAUCAUUGGUAAAGAUUGCAACCAAAUUGGCUGUGGAGGAAUUUGCUAGAAAGCCCGGUGACACAGGGUCUAGUGAGGUACAAGCAGCUAUAAUGACUGUUCGCAUCCAGUCGCUAGCUAGGCAUGUUAAAGAUAACAAGCAAGAUAAUAAAACUACCAGAUAUUUAAGGACACUUGUGCAGCAAAGACAGCAGGUGCUAAGGUAUUUAAAAAGGGACCAACCUGAAAGAUAUUUCUGGACGAUAGAAAAGUUAGGACUUACUGACAAUGCAGUUAUGAAAGAAUUUAACAUGGAUAGGCAGUACAUGCAAGACUACAAAUUCUUCGGAGACCGUAUUCUCGUUAAAGACUCCAAUAAGGUCGUUAAGAAGAAGCGUGCUGCUGCUCGUAUGCUAAAGAAGAUGAGCAAGGCUCUGUAG